UUGUCAAGGAUAUAUCUCGACACUCCAGUAUGGCCACUGCAGGACAAAGAAGAAGCAAGAUUGCUAAGGCAUUUCGUCGAGAACCUGUCUCGAAAUUUCAAUCUCACAGACCCACUACGACAUUUCCGCCGCGUGGUGCCUCAGCGAGCAGCGAUUUGUCCAACACUGAUGAAUGCCAUUUUCGCUCUCUCAGCCCGGCAUCUUAGUAGAGUCGGAGAUUACGAUCCACUGAUCUCGAACAAGCACCAUCAAGAGUGCCUGAAGCAUCUCAAUCCUAUGCUCGACGACACAGAUGCCAUCUUGGAUGAGAACUUACUCGCAUCAACAAUCAUCUUGCGGCACCUUGAAGUGUACGAAGUGCCCUUGUCAGGCCAAGUUCCAGCAGACCAACACAGCCAUCUUCUCGGCGCCCAAGCAGUUAUCGCAGCACAAGAACGAGCCGCAAUCACCGGCGGACUUCGACAAGCAGCUUUCUGGGUUGUACUGCGACAAGAAGUGUACGUCGCAUUCGUGAACCAGAGAUCAAUCCUCCCGGCUCUAGAACAUCGCAACAUCGACCGAUCCUUCGAAGCAGCAGAGGAGCACAUCUGGGCCUGCCGCAUGGUCGUCCUCUGCGCCGACACAAUCCGUUUCUGCUUCUCCGACACCCCACAAACAAUCGCAAACUACACAUACAUCUCCUCGCAAAAAUGGACGAGCAAAUCAAACAUCAUGUCAAAGUCCUUUGUGGUAUGGCGAGGAGUAGUCCGGCCAGCUGCUUUGAGAGAAAUGGACGAGGAAAUCAAACAUCAUGUCAGGGCGCUUUGUGGUAUGGCGAGGAGUAGUCCGGCCAAUGCUCCGGCGUUCACGUAUGCGAGUAUGGCUGUCACUAUGGCUGGGGAUAAGUUUAGUGAGAGGGCUGAGCAGGAGGCUUUGAUUGAUGUGCUGGAGGAGUGUGAUCGCAUGCAUGCUUGGCCUACGGAAAUGGCGGUGAGUAAUUUGAAGAGUGCUUGGGGUUGGGACUCGGAGGAGGGGAGGAAUGGGAACGGAGGGUGA